AUGGGAUGGGCAUCGGGCAUGGGCAGCCCGCAACAAGAUCUUACUCGUCGUCGUCGUCGUAGUGGUCGUGGUAGCGGUGGUGGCAGUGGUAGUUGGUGGUAUAUUACAGUAGGUAAGAGUAUCUCGCUCGAGUGUCCAGACUACGACUACGACUACGACUACUACUACGACUACUACUUCUACGACUACUCCUUCAACGACUACUCCUUCAACGACUACUCCUACUACGACUACUACUACUACCUCCAUCUCCAUCUCCAUCUCCAUCUCCAUCUCCAUCUCCAUCUUUCACUGCCCAUAAUACCCAUACAUAAACCCAUACCCAAACCCAGACCCAGACCCAGACCCAGACCCAGCCCCCAAAGCAUAACCCAAUCCAAUGCCAAUACCAAUAUUACUCAUACCCAUACCUAUAACAAUACUAGUGAUGCUAUCGAGAGCCCCGGCAUUCGAAUGGUGACGCGUGAUAAGUUGAGUCCCGAAGUCGACCUCGGACGUCGGGCGUCGGGAGUCGGCAUGGACGUGAACACCAAUAGUCAGAUCAACAUUAACAUCGACCCGGACCUACUGAACGAACGACGCCGAGGUCGACGAGCUAUCCCACCCUUCCACCCCUUCCACGCCUUACACCCCGUCCUCCACCACCACCCUGCCGCCGCGGCCGGAUCAGAUCCAGGCACCUUCCGCAAUCAUAUCUCGCGGGCGAGCUCGACUAUUACGGUCUACGCUUCGCCCCUCUCCCCCACCUUCUACGGCCAUAUCGCCUCUACACAGGAUGCGCUGCUCCUCUUCGAGGCGUGCCUCAGUGGCGCGCUAAACCACGUUGCGCGCCGUCCCCACGACCGCGAAAGGGUCAGUCUGAUCAAGAGCGGAAACGUCUUCAUCUACGAAGAGCACUCGUCCGGCAUCAAACGGUGGACCGACGGCGUGCCGUGGAGCCCCAGUCGGAUCCUCGGAAACUUUCUGGUCUACCGGGAACUAGAGAGACCCUUCCCCCCGGGAGAGAAGAAGAGGGCGAUGAAGCGUAGCAAGCGGUCGCCGGGCAUCAGCAAGCCCGAUCCGAUCGGGUCCAGCCAUGGGAUGAGCACCGGCUACAGCCCGGCGUCCGCAGCUGCCGCGAACUUCGAUUCCCAGAACCCGAAUUCGCUCAGCAAAGAGACCGAGCGGUCGCUGAUUGGAUCCCUCGUGGAUUCGUACGGCUUCAAGGAAGAAGGUCUGGUCAAGAAGACGGUGAGCGUCACGGUGGGGGGCGUGUCGCAUCACCUGGUCUCGUACUACACCGUCGCAGACGUGAUGAACAGCAAAUUUACAACCCCCUCCAAAGAUCCCCGAUUCCAGCACAUCACCCCCCGUCCCGAUCUCAUCACGAAGCAGAACUUCCGGACGCCCAUCGACGAGGUGGACUCCAUGGAUCGCAUGGAUGACCGCUCGGUGUACUCGAGCUACCCCUACGCCCGCAGCGGCUACGAGAUGACGAACCAGAGCAUCGCGCAUCGGCCCAUGCCUCUCCCCACGCCGCCCAUCACCUACGCCUCGAACCCGGCCGUGUACAACAACUAUGGGCCCUACGAGAGCCUUCCGCAGGGCCCGCCGCCGAACGGAUACGCAGGGCAAUACGCGGCGCCGUCCCCCAGCCUCUACCCAUCCACCAAAUCGGAGAGCAGCUACGACAUCGGGGGAGGCUACCGACCGCAGCGAUACAAUUCCGUCAUCGGCAUCGGCUCGGAAACGACGAGGACCCAGGUGCCGCCGGUGACGACCAAUUUCGCGCGGCGCGCGUCGAACUACGAACCCGGGGGGCCAACGGAUCCUGGGCUCUCCGGGAUCUCAUCUGCGUCAUCUGACUCGAAGCUCACGACCGACUCGGGCUACUCUUCUCAAGGAUUCUACGGGGGCAUGCGAGAAACCACGACGACUCCGCACAGCUACACCGGACACCGGUCGCUGCCCACGCCCACACACCAAACCACAUUUGAGCGGAUGCCGUCGCAAUCGUACAGCAGCACCCCGGUGGAGAGCCCCGGCCUCAAACAGGAGAAUAUGUGGUCCAUGGGAAAUUCGAGCGCGGGCCACGCGCACUACAUAGCCCCUCAAUGGGCGAGCACGGGCACCUCGUAA